GUGGAGGAAACGAUCCAUCAUUGACCCUUUGAUUGAUGAACCCUUUGGAAGGGCUUGGACGUGGUAGGUGAAGAAACAAAGAGAUGGGAUUGUUCGUUCUUGCCUUUCGUCCUUUUCCCGUCUUUCUUCCUCGUCCUGCCCGUCUUCCCUUUUAGCUUGCGAGUAGAUGUGGCUAGCGAGUAGAUGAGAAGAUUGAUAUUAGAGAUUGCCCUCGAUUCAAUUUUGGUGUCCUCGCACAAAUGAAUUGGAAAAUCGUCCAUGUAAGAUUAUACAGCAAGAACAAAGUUGGAACAUAUAGUUAAAUCAAUUCAAUUGGUCCUAUCAUUGUUAUCAUCCUAAAACAGCAUUCAUUCAUUCAUCCAACCAUCAACCCAUCUACCCAUCUACCCAUCCACCCAUCCACCCGUUCCUUCCUUCCUUGUUGGAGAGGUAAUAAAACUCCCCCAUCCACUGCCACCCACUGCCAUCCACUGCCAUCCUCUCGCCUCCCCCACCUUGGACCCCAAAUUUUCCGUGCUGUGCCUCUUCCCGCAAGACCCAUCAUAAACUUGAGAAAGCCAAAGGCCAAAAGCUAACCUCACUUCCUUGCCGGCGGUUAGGAAGAUCAUAUCGUACGAAAGAAGCAAACAAACACUUUGCCAACCCUCCUACUUAUAUUCAUUCUCUGACUUACAAUCGAUUGAUACACAUUCAUUUCAAAUAGAAAAGCGUCUUGUUUCUUCCGCCUCAACCAAUUUGGACAUAUCUCAUCAAUACCACCAAAAAGUUACGCGUCUACACAUCCGAAUCGGAAACCAUGGCAGACCUGCAAGGAAGAAAGGUCUUCAAGGUCUUCAACCAAGACUUUAUCGUCGACGAGAGAUACACAGUCACCAAGGAGCUUGGUCAAGGAGCUUACGGUAUUGUUUGUGCUGCUACGAAUUCUCAAACACAGGAAGGUGUCGCAAUUAAGAAAGUUACAAAUGUCUUCAGCAAGAAGAUUUUGGCAAAGCGUGCGCUGCGUGAGAUAAAGUUGCUACAACAUUUCAGAGGUCAUCGUAACAUUACCUGCCUUUAUGAUAUGGAUAUUCCUCGACCAGAUAACUUUAAUGAAACAUAUCUCUAUGAAGAGCUCAUGGAGUGUGAUCUCGCUGCUAUCGUACGAUCCGGUCAACCCCUCACUGAUGCACAUUUCCAAUCUUUCAUUUACCAAAUCCUUUGCGGUCUAAAAUAUAUUCAUUCCGCGAAUGUUCUCCAUCGUGAUUUGAAGCCCGGUAAUUUGCUGGUCAAUGCCGACUGCGAGUUGAAGAUCUGUGAUUUCGGUCUUGCUAGAGGUUUCUCUGUCGACCCCGAAGAGAAUGCAGGAUACAUGACCGAAUACGUUGCUACAAGAUGGUAUCGUGCCCCUGAAAUUAUGUUGAGCUUCCAGAGCUAUACAAAAGCUAUCGACGUAUGGUCAGUAGGAUGUAUUCUCGCAGAAUUGCUAGGCGGUCGUCCUUUCUUCAAAGGUAGAGAUUAUGUUGAUCAACUCAACCAAAUUUUACAUAUCCUUGGUACACCAAAUGAAGAAACCCUUUCAAGAAUUGGAUCGCCACGAGCACAGGAAUAUGUUCGAAACCUCCCAUAUAUGGCGAAGCGACCUUUCCCAACUUUAUUCCCCAACGCCAACCCCGACGCCCUUGACCUUCUUGAUCAUAUGUUAGCCUUUGAUCCAUCUUCCCGUAUCGAUGUCGAAACUGCCCUCGAACACCCAUACCUUCACAUUUGGCACGACGCCUCUGAUGAGCCUGGAUGCCCAACAACAUUUAACUUCGAUUUUGAAGUUGUGGAAGAUGUAGGCGAGAUCAGAAAGUUGAUUUUGGAAGAGGUUCACAGAUUCAGACAACAUGUCCGUGUUCAACCUGGUCAACAAGGCCAGAGCAACGGCCCUCAAGUACCUAUACCACAAGAACAAGCAAGCUGGCGUGCCGAGGAUCCAAGGCCACAAGAAGCUUAUGGACAAGGGCCAAAUGAUCUUGAACAAGAUUUACAAGGUGGUUUGGAUGCUAUGCGAUCGUAGAAGAUAUGGUUCUUAGGAGGUUUGAUUUUUAGGGGAGUGAGGGGUUUAACUUCAAACUUGAAUAAAGAAGAAAAUAUUGAUUGGGUUGGAUUUUAAGCGUUCGAUGCGAGAUUCUCGAAAGCAAGCAUGAAACAAUUUCUUGGCGCAGUAAAUUUUAUCUCUUUCUCUGUCUCUAAAGACUCAACCUGACUACUGGAGAAAUGGAAGAGUCUAGUUUAAUAAAUUACGGGGAAGGCCCCAUAGCUAUAGCGGGUAUUGUCAUUCUUUUUGUUCCAUCGUGUCACUCUCUUAGCGAUUUUUUUGGUGUUCUAUAUCUCCUGCAUCUGGUUAUACGGUGAGAUGAUCAAAUGAUGAUAGUAGUAGUCGUAGUGGAAGAGAAUGAAUAGAUUAAAUUCGACGUUUGAUACA